UUGUUGUGUUUUGUUGCUUGUCUGUCCUAAAUGAAAGACAAUCAAAAAGGUUUUCUUGGUAGUUUCCUAUCGAAGGGCCUGAAAACCAAUCAAUUAGAAGUGAAUACCGAUGAGAAAACAUUGCGACCAAUAGCUCGUCUGAAAGAGCCUCGAGACUUGUUUGCCCUGCCCAAAGACAAGGAUAAUGAUUGUUCACAACAGGCCCCCCGAUGGCCGAUUGAAUGUCAGGUCAUUGAAGAACGUAUCGUACACAUUCCGACAGUACCCGCCCAGCCAGAACCCUUCUACCAGCCAACGGGUAAAGAAUUGAAACCGAAUCCGGUGGGUGAGGAGAAUGGCAUUGUUGUAUUCAAUUACAAUCCCAUAAGUGCGGUAAAUUAUUUUAGCCGUUCAGCAGUGGGUGGUUCAAAAUUCCUAACGAACUGUCAUCCCUAUAAUCCGGAGGAAUAUGAUGGCCUGGAAUUUGAAUCCCGUUUCGAAUCGGGUAAUCUGGCCAAAGCUGUACAAAUUACACCAGCCUAUUAUGAGCUGUAUUUGCGUCCGGAUUUGUAUACGAGCCGUUCGAGGCAGUGGUUUUAUUUUCGGGUGCGUAAAACCAAACGGAAUAUGUUGUACAGAUUUUCCAUUGUCAAUUUAAUUAAAUCGGAUAGUUUGUACAAUGAUGGCAUGCGUCCGCUUAUGUACUCCACCCAUAAUGCCAAAACACGGAAUGAAGGUUGGGUGCGUUGCGGUGACAACAUCUGUUACUAUCGCAAUGACGACGACAACCAAACCAGUGAAGAGGAAGAGGACAAUUCUUCAUACACGCUAACAUUUAAUAUUGAAUUUGAGCAUGACAAUGAUACGGUGUACUUUGCCCACAGUUACCCAUACACCUACAGUGAUUUACAGGAUUAUUUAAUGGAAAUACAAAAGAAUCCUGUGAAAUCGAAAUUUUGCAAAUUAAGACUGCUGUGCCGGACAUUGGCUGGUAAUAAUGUCUAUUAUCUGACUGUAACAACACCGGCGGUAUCAGAGGAAUUAAUGAAGCGUAAAAAAUCCAUUGUUAUUUCGGCACGUGUUCAUCCAAGCGAAACACCAUCAUCGUGGAUGAUGAAGGGUCUGAUGGAUUUCAUAACGGGCGAUUCAACGGUGGCCAAACGCCUGCGGCAUAAAUUCAUCUUUAAAUUGAUACCGAUGCUAAAUCCGGAUGGUGUCAUUGUGGGCAACUCCCGUAACUCACUAACGGGCAAAGAUCUCAAUCGUCAAUAUCGUACGGUAAUACGUGAGACCUAUCCAUCGAUAUGGUAUACAAAAGCUUUAAUUAAAAGACUGAUUGAUGAAUGUGGUGUUUCCAUGUACUGUGAUAUGCACGCACACUCUCGCCGCCACAACAUUUUCAUUUAUGGCUGUGAGAAUAAACGCAACCCGGAAAAGAAACUUACCGAACAAGUUUUUCCACUUAUGUUGCACAAAAAUGUAGCAGAUAAGUUUUCUUUUGAAAAUUGUAAAUUUAAAAUUCAACGCAGCAAAGAGGGCACUGGCCGCAUUGUGGUCUGGAUGCUGGGCAUCACGAAUAGCUAUACGAUUGAAGCCUCAUUUGGUGGCUCGCUGUUGGGAUCACGCAAGGGCACACAUUUUACAACGCAGGAUUACGAACAUAUGGGCCGGGCAUUUUGUGAAACGCUGCUGGACUAUUGCGAUGACAAUCCGAAUAAAGUAAAGAGAAACGCUAAGUUGUUGAAACGCAUUAAGAAAAUACGUAAACGCGAGAAACGCGAACAGAAGGCAUUGAAAUUAAAGAAAUUGGCCGAACAGGGAUGUAUAAUCGAAGAGAAAUUCAAAGUUAAAAUGAGAACAGGCAAAAGUGUUUCUUAG